AAACAAUGCGGUCCUCUCUGCAGCUCGAGCCCGAGGCUCGAGGCGGGCGCACCGAGGCGUGAUGCGGUCGUGACGUAGAUUCAGUCGGGGAUCUUUAAUCCUCUGCCGCAGCAGCACAGCCGGUAACCAGAGGAGGGGGUAGCACGGUCGGACAGGAAUGGACCGCACAGGCUAGGCUAGCCUACUACAAGGCCGAAAUAGCUCGGUCUUUAGAUAGAUGAUAAUAUCACCGAGUAAAACAGAGGUUACGACUAGAACGAGUCGACUAUUUGCAUAGGCCAGACCCCCUCCUCCCUGUCUCUGCCUUUAGCCUACAGCCUAUUUACAGACAUUUUUCUAUUAAAAAGACCUCAUUUGGUUAAAAUAUAUUUUCAGACGCAUUUAUUUGCUUCAUUUAAAAGCCGAAGUUGGUUUCUUUUAGCCGACAGACGAACACUACGACUCGUCCUGCCGGUUUCCUGCGGCCAGUUUUGCUCCCCGGUUCGCCCUUCAACAACGUCGCCGCGUCCUCGCUGUUCCUGUCAGCUGCUGCGCAUCAGCAAAACAUGCAGGAUGAGCCUGUGGGGGUGACAACCACGCAAUUACCCCCGUCAACCGAGGAAAAGGACAGCAACAGCAGAACGGUCAGUAAAUCUGGGAAACAGCCGAACCAAACAGACGACAGCGACAGCCAGCUGAGCUCAUUCACACCGGAUUAUAACCAUCUAAACCAGCAGAUAGCUUUCCACGAUUUCGAUCGAGAUCACUUCUGCCCGACUCAAUCUAUCUGUGACCUUCAGCACAGCCGAAAAAUACAUCAGCAGUUAAGUCAGCACACUGAGUUUAGCCCCACAGAGUCGUCCCCACCCCCGGGACAUUUCUGUCACCUGCCGCAGAGGCAGCCCUUCUCCAAGCCCGAGCCCGGCGCCGCUGACCCCUGCGGCUCUCCAGUAGAAGAGGCUGAAGCCGAUGCUGCGUCGCCAUCGCCCACUUCCGUAAAUCCAAACAAGAUCCAAAUGGACUCCCCCAUCACCCACCAUAUAAAUAACGGCAAUGGCAGCAGCAGCACCGGCAACAUGUUGUCCGGAGGUCUCGGCGCCGCUUUCCCGAACCUCCCCGCCCAGGAGAUGCAGAGCGCCAGCGGGGGCUCGUCUUCACCCUCCCUCCCCGGGUUCGGCACCCCUUGGUCCGUUCAGACCAGCUCCUCGCCCCCACCCGCACCCAACUCCAUCAACCCCAUCCACGCGAACGCCAUUAACCAGAUGCCCAGCACAGACUCUGACAACAGCUUCUACCCAGGUAUCCCCUCCUCCAUCAACCCGGCCUUCUUCCAGAGUUUUUCGCCGGUGUCGGCUAAUCCGUGCGCCGGGAUUAACGUGCAGGGCUUCAGCGGUCCUUUCUCGCCCCAGAUAAACGUCCCUCAGCAGCCGCAGAGCCGCAGGUCCCCGGUCAGUCCCCAGAUGCAUCCCCAGCAGGGCGCCUUCCUACAGCAGAGGAACAACUACAACCAACAUCAGCCUCUGGUGAAGCAGUCUCCCUGGGGCAGCCACCAGGGGAACGGCUGGGGCUCCACAGGGAUGUCCUGGGGCCGGGACCACCGCAGAGGCAGCGGCAUGGGCGUACCUGGUUCGGUCAGUCACGUCUCACCCCUGAAGAAGCCCUUCUCGAGCAACGUCAUUGCUCCUCCCAAGUUCCCACGUUCUGGGGGAUCACUGGGGCCUAAGUCCUGGAUAGAGGAAAACAUGUUUCGCACAGACAGCAACAGCAACACCUUGUUGCCCCUGCAGGACCGCUCCAGAAUGUACGACAGUCUGAACAUGCACUCCCUGGAGAGCUCUCUGAUUGACAUCAUGCGAGCUGAGCAGGAUCCAAUGAAAGGCCGUGUGGGAUGCCCUAACCCCGGGGCUGACGGCCUACUCAUGUUCAAUGCCAGGAGCUAUGGGAGACGCCGAGGCCGCUCCUCCCUUUUCCCUAUUGAUGACAAUCUCCUCGACGAUGGCCAUGGCAACCAGGGUGUCCCAGGAGUCCUUGGCUCCCCCAGCUGUUACCCCCACCAGAACGGGGAGCGCAUUGAGCGUUUCUCCCGUAAGGUGUUUGUCGGAGGUUUGCCCCCUGACAUUGAUGAAGAUGAAAUAACCUCAAGCUUCCGCCGCUUUGGUCACCUGGUGGUGGACUGGCCUCACAAAGCAGAGAGCAAAUCCUACUUUCCACCGAAAGGAUAUGCAUUCCUGCUGUUCCAGGAGGAGAGCUCAGUGCAGGCUCUGAUUGAAGCCUGCAUGGAGGAGGAUGGGAAGCUCUACCUGUGCGUCUCCAGUCCCACCAUUAAGGACAAACCUGUGCAAAUUCGACCUUGGAACCUGAGCGACAGUGAUUUUGUGAUGGAUGGAUCUCAGCCCCUCGAUCCCCGCAAGACCAUCUUUGUGGGAGGUGUCCCUCGUCCUCUGAGAGCAAUUGAGCUGGCCAUGAUUAUGGAUCGUCUCUACGGUGGAGUCUGUUAUGCAGGAAUUGACACUGAUCCGGAGCUCAAAUACCCUAAGGGUGCGGGGCGAGUGGCCUUCUCCAAUCAGCAGAGUUACAUCGCUGCUAUUAGUGCAAGAUUCGUCCAACUGCAGCAUGGCGACAUUGACAAGCGGGUGGAGGUGAAGCCCUACGUCCUGGAUGAUCAGCUGUGUGAUGAGUGUCAGGGUGCACGCUGUGGAGGGAAAUUCGCUCCCUUCUUCUGUGCUAAUGUCACCUGUCUGCAGUACUACUGUGAGUUCUGCUGGGCCAAUAUCCACUCCCGCGCCGGACGAGAGUUUCACAAGCCCCUGGUCAAGGAGGGAGCCGACCGCCCCCGCCAGAUUCACUUCCGCUGGAACUAGAGAUGCGACCGCAGCCAUGGUGACACAGUCAGAGGGAAGGGAAAUGAAACACUGGCUAACAGGAAAAAGAGCAUCGCUCUGCCUCUCCUGCUCUCCUAAGCUAUCAGUAUAAUCGAGUACGUAACACUAUACAGUAUAUACUAUAUAUAUAUAUCUAUAUAUCUUUUGUAGCAGCCAAACACCACAAGCCUCAGUUUUUCACCAAAACCCCCCUCACAUCUCAGGCUCUGACAACUCUACAACUCUUUUGUGGUACUUUCAUCUUUUCUAAGAGGAGAUUUAAAAAGAGAUUGAUUUUUGUAGGUUUUUUUAUCAUUAUUAUUUUUGUAUGUGAGAUUUAAAGUAGAUACGGGAAUGUUUUUGCAUGGGGGCAGCUUGUCUGUCUGUCUGUCUGCUGCUAGCCACCCCACAGUGCGUGUAGUGCACACUUCUUUCUGGGAAAACCUCGAUUCUCUAACGUUGACGCCUGCCCCAGGUCAUUAACCAAAGGUAGCAAAAUGAUAGGAAGCUUAAAAUUGACACAUUUCUGCCGCAAAACAAACGGUUGUUUUUUAACGUUGCCAUGGGCUCUUUCUUCUUGUUAGAGAGUUUAUUAAAAAACAAAAAAGAUUUCUGUGCUCAUACUGACCCAUAGAGUGAUACCUCAAAACACAAAAAUCUGGUUUCUUUGACUGUAUUCAACAUUUAUACUUAACAAGCUAUUUAGAAGCUUUGCUGCUAUAUAUACAUAUAUAUGAAUAGAUGUGUAGGUAUUAUAUUUAAUGCCAUUUAUAAACCAGGAUCAUGUAAAAUGAAAUGCAGUAUGCACUCAACCACUAAUGGCCCCCAUUGCCAGGGAAAGAGUUAAAGUGCAUGUUAUGACAAUAGGCUUAGUUUCACAACUAGCAUGCAGGAUAGAUGUGAGGAAAAAAAACACAGAGAAAAAAAAACAAAAAACAAACCACUGAAAUCAUAAUUAAAGGCGAGACAUAAAAUUCUAUAGUCAGUAGCAUGACCAUCUAUUACAGAUGCCUACGAGGGAAAAAAUUCAGACAAAGCUAAAUAACUAAAAAAAACAUAUUUAAACUUGCAUGCAUUGAUGUUUAUCUGUUGUUUGAUCCGUUUACAUACUUAACUACAAAAAGUGAUAUUGGUUCUACUGUAGACUUAGUGGACGCCAUCAUUUUGUGCCGUGGUGGCUUGUAUGGCAAAAAAAAAAAAAAAAAAAACCUGUCGAGAAGCAGAGUGGUGUUCAGUGGUUUGUGUUUGUGUGUCGUCCCUGUGCUGUGUGACUGUGUUGUUAGUGUAGACUGAGGCUCUAGUUUAGUUUCCAACAAACAACAUAAAGGAGAAUUAAAACAUCACAAUGACUCUGCCUUCACCCUUCCUAUCCUGUAUCUUUGUAUGGUUCCAAAGGUUAAUCUGAUAUGGCAUUGUUCAAGGCAAACCAAAUGCAAAGCAAAAGACUUGGUCAGCUUGGAGGAUUUAACUGGGAGAAGUGGGCCUAAGCUGAAGGUCUUUAGAACAUGUUCACUUCACUGAAAACCACUUAUUUUGUAAUGGCUAGUUGAACCAGUCAUGCUCUAUGGCUGCAGUUCCAUCAAACUCCAGGCCCAGUUACUGCAAGAUGAAGUAUCUACCACAUCUCCUGACCAGGCUUUUACAAUGAGGAUGAUGACACUUGGUCUCUUGGCGUGCUAAAGAUGAAACUCUCUUCUCUGUGUUUGUAUUGUUUGUCUGUUUUGAUUUUACCUUCGUGACCCGUGAAACACUCUUAAAAACUCUUUAGGGACAAUCUUUCUGUGAGGACGGUGGCCCGGCCGUCUGUUCGGUACUGUACAAGUGUGUUGCUCUCGUGUGUCGUCGUGGUUUUUUUUUUGUGUGUGUUCCAUGCCCUGGUGUGUGCUCCUCAGUAUCGGUGUUCAGGCAUCAAGUGUGUACUGUUACAAACCUUUAUGAAACUGAUUACUUAUAGUUGAGUCAUAUAAAUUAAUUUGUGUCAACUACUUACCCAUCACUGGCCCUUCAGUAUGUUUUUUAUAAUAUAUAUUAUGCACUACUUUUCUAUAUAUCCCCCCUGAUUUUUCUUCUUAUUCACCCCCUGAAGUGAUUUCAGUGCAGAUGUGGAUUCUCUGAAAACUCCACCUAUUUAUAAUUCUACAGAUGAUUUAUUAAAUUUUUAUUUUUUCAUAAUUACUUAUUUAAAAUGUAGCGUGAAGCAGUGGUCUUAAGUUAUCUAUGUUCUGUAUGAGUAGAGCAGGAAUCCAAUAUUUUCUAAUAUAUUAAACUAAUGUAGUCUGGAUGUUGUGAGGAGCAGGAGUCAGGAUGGCAUCGCAGGCCGUGACGCGAUGGAGAUGAGAGUCAAAGAACGAGUGAGCUCCCAUCGUCCCCCGUGGCUUUAGUUCUCAUGGUGUCCAAUGCGAACAUGUUUGAAUAUUGUCACCUGUAACACUUGACUCGUGCUGUUCUUGUGAGGUUCUAUUUUCUAUGUUGAACACUGUUACUUCGUUCUGUAUGUGUCUUUGUUUUUGUAAAAAUCAUAUUUAUUUCACUAUUUUUGUAGACAAAAAAACCUAUUUGAUUUUGAUUGUAUUUUUCUAUUUAAAUAGGACUAUUAUACAAUUUAUUUCCCCCCAGUGCUAAUUAUGUCCAAAAGUUCUGUUUAAAGACAAAGAAUCAUGUCAUUAGUAACAACAUCAAAGGUUUUGAUAUACAGUUGAUUCUUAUUUUGAUACACAUGACACAUUUAAUUUGAAGGAAGGAAACAUGAAGGUUUUAUUAUAUUCUUGGAAGACACUUGAGAUUCUCCCCUGUUGCAUCGAGGCCCCAGCUGCCUGUCCUCGUAGAUGCUCUGAAACUUGAAUAUAACACAUUUUGAAAGGCUGACUAACCUCGAAUCUGUGUUGUGAUGUGCAAUACUGUUUCUAAUGUUUGUAUAAAAGUUAAGAACUACAGUGUAAACCUUUUUAAUGCAGAUUUAUUUUUUUCAUUGCAUAUUUUGCAGAUUUCUGAUCCACAGUGUCAUUUUUUACUGUCAGAAAAAAAGAAACCCCGUUUUUUCAUUGCAACUAUUUUUAAAUCCAGAUAUCUUUGUACUGAUGUAAAUGAUUGUAGUUAUUUUGGAUAGUGUUUUGCUAACAAAAGGAGAGACUUUUUCAUGCAUAUUUCUAUUUCAUUUCAUCUUGUUUUAUCCCACGUUUUUAUUUCAUUUAAUAAUAGCAGAAUUCUUGGAAUAAUUUUUCAUAUUUAAAUGUCAUUGGUAUUAUUUUGUAUUUUUAUGUGGAAAUACACUAUAUAUAAUUUUAAGAUGCUAAUUGCUAAGAUAUUAUUUUGAGUUUAAUUAUUUUUAAAGCUAAAUAUUUGUAAUUUUAUUGUUAAAUUGACUAAUUUCUAAAUCAGAGUUUGUGUAUAGAUUCACAAAAAAGUGGUUUAUGAGGUGUUUGGAUUGUAAUUAUUACUGAAUGGUUCUUUGAUAUGCAAAAUGAAUAUCAUGUUUAUUUUUAUUUUUGUUGGUUUUGUAUUUAAAUGGGGUGUUGAUUACAAUCUUUGUUUUUUUCUUUCACUUCCUGAAUAAAGACCCAUUCUGUUUGGACACAA